CAUAUUUAUUCGCCGGCAGAAAUCAUCAAGUGCCCACGCUCGUAAAUCUUUAAUUAAACGUUGAAAAUUUGCAAUUCGACAUGAAGGUGGCGGCAAACGUCACGAAAAAUUGGCUGCAACGUCAGCAAGUGCGCUUACAGAAUAUCAAAGUGUGGCAGCGUAGUCGCAAAGUGGGCAGCGGUUUGCUUGAACUGAAAGAAUGGAGUGCUAAGCCAAUAUCGGCAAAACAGCGUAAAAGACAGAUUGGCAUGGUGCGAGUACGAAAUUUAUUUCGGCGUGGUACAAAAAAAGAUUAUGAACAUUCGGGCAGUUUUUUAGAGGCCAUUGGCCCAGUUUUGCUGCUAGCUCAGUUCUUCGCCUUGAUGCCUGUUUGUGGCAUAUUAUCGAAAACUGCUUCGGAGGUGUAUUUUUCGUGGAAAUCUGUGCGCACAUGCUACGCAAUGCUGGUGAUUUUUUGCCUUGGACCGGCCAGCCUGUGCACCAUCGCCUUUGCUUUUCGCGAAAGAUUUAACUUCGAUACAGUGGAAGCGAUCGUCUUUUAUGUUUCAAUAUUUCUAAUAGCAAUGGCAUUUUUUCAAUUGGCCCGCAAGUGGCCGGCGUUAAUGGUGCAGUGGGAGAGUAUUGAGUCCAAGUUGCCGCCGCUGAAAACGGAAAUGCAGAGAGCAGCAUUGGCCCAUCGCAUAAAAAUGAUCACUCUGGUGGCGACUAUGUGCUCCAUGGUGGAACACUUGCUUAGCAUGUUGGGCAUUAUCUAUUAUGUGAAUGGGUGUCCCACAAUACCAGGGCACCCUAUCCGGAGUUUUCUAUAUACCAACUGGUCGCAGUAUUUCUACUUCUUUGAUUACACCGAUUGGGCGGGCAUCUUCGGCAAAGUGUUGAAUGUGUUAUCGACGUUCGCAUGGAAUUUCAAUGACAUAUUCGUGAUGGCAGUGAGCGUGGCGCUCUCUGCACGUUUCCGCCAACUUAACGAGCAUAUGUUGCGCGUAGCUAAGCGGCCAACGAGCGAGAAAUUCUGGAUUGAAAAUCGCAUAAACUACCGUAAUUUGUGUAAAUUAUGUGAAGCAACUGAUGACACGAUUUCGAUAAUCACACUGCUGUGUUUCUCUAAUAACUUGUUUUUCAUCUGUGGUAAAAUUCUUAAGAGUCUACAAAAGAAGCCAUCUUUUUCACAUACAAUGUACUUUUGGUUCUCUUUGGGCUUCCUCUUGAUGCGCACCUUAAUGUUGUCGUUAUAUAGUGCUGAAAUUAAUGAUGAAUCAAAACGGCCGCUGGUAGUAUUUCGGAGUGUGCCAAGUGUGUCCUGGUGCCGUGAGCUUAAGCGUUUCUCGGAAGAAGUGACCACAGAUGUUGUUGCGUUGUCAGGCAUGAAAUUCUUUCAUCUUACGCGUGGUCUUGUGCUUACGGUAGCCGGCAGCAUUGUGACCUACGAAUUGGUUUUAUUGCAAUUCAAUAAGGAGGGUAAAGUGAACGACUGUUAUGAAGGCUGAGCGUUUAUGGGGCGUAGUAGAUGUAUU